AUGGCUUCAAGCACUAAUGAUAACCAAGAUUCGUGUAUUGAAAAACCAGAAAAUAACACAGAAGACCUUUCAGUGAAGACACGGCAGUUUCUUGAUUCUGAUGAACUUACCUUGAUUACUGAUCCUAAGCUGAAGAGAGAGAAACAGAAACUUAAUGAGUUAUUAGAGUCAUACAAGAAAUUGAUCGAUAGAUUAGGUAGCAAAUUUGAAAAUGAUGAAGUAAAAAAAGACAAUGAAAAAAAGUUGCAUAAAAUUCCAGAAAUCUAUGCAAUUCUUCACCCAGAACUGUAUAAAAAUCCUCGAGAAGAAGAAAAAAGAAAACUCAUUAAUAAAUUUGCCAAAAGACAAUUUUAUGAUAUAGAUAAAAUUGUACCUUCAACAUAUCGCACACCUCCAGUUAAUCUCAAUGAUGCUCGUCAAGAGGAAAAAGAAAGAUUAAUAAAAAUUCUUUCUAGUUGCCCUGCCCGUUUUCUUAAUUCAUAUGAUACACCUGUGUCAACUAAGAAAGUUAGACGCACACUGUCUUAUUGUUUGCCGAGAGAUAGUUUUAUUAAUCAGAGGGAAGCUGAAAAAGAACGGUUGAGUAAAAUACUGGCUACUUCAUCAACCUACUAUCGAAAGAAUCUUGAUAAUAAAACCACUGGAAGGAGGAGUUAUCUAGAUAUUAUUGCAGAAAGGAACGCUAAGCAAUCUAAUGGGACAUCCAUUCAAAAGCUAAGAGAUAAAAAUCCUCUGCUUGCUUCAACUAGUGAAGAUACUGUGGAUGUUGGAAAAGCUGAAGAUAUGGUGCGUGUUGGUGAAUAUUCUCCUCUUACAUCAAAGGAAAGAACUCGAACAUUGUUUGGCUAUGGAGAGCAUGAAGAUCGACGCAAUCAACUUCUCGCUGAACGGAGGAAGGAGUAUAAACAAUAUUUGUCAAAUAUCCCAAAAGAGGCUGUCGAAAAAGUUGAUAAAGCAUUGUCAACGAAAGAUGAUGACACUGAAGAAGUAGAAAAUAUACAAAAAAGAUCAAGAUGUCAGUCCAUCUCUACUCAAACUGAAGACUCAUUAGUAAUGGAUAGUCAUGAAGGAGCAAUUUCCCAUGAAACACGGUCUCCUUUUGUGACUAACGAAUUACAAACUUCUCCACAAGUGUAUUAUCUCAGCCCAAGAGAAAAGCUUAUGUCAGAUCUCCAUGGAGUAUCAAGAUGUUUUCCUGGUGCUGCUAGUAAAAAUGACAAAUCUAUUGAUAACCAAGAUGUCAGGCUUCGUCAAGCAGCAUACGCUAGAGCUUUGCAAGAGCAAAUUGAAGAAAAGAAAAGGCUUGAAGAAGAAAGGAGAAGGAAAGAACGACAAGAAGAUGAAUUGAUUGAGCAAAAAAUCCGAAUGGAAAAUGAAAAAAUGCAAAGUGAAGUAUCAAAUGAACAAAAGAAGAAACAGGAUUGGUUAGCUCAGCGACAAAGCCAGGAAGAAAUACUCAGUAGAAAAAUGUUAGAAAUGAAAUUUGAGGCUCAAGAACUUCGUAAAAAACAAAGAACAAAGAAACAAUCACCUGAAAGUCUUCGAGAAGUGAGAGAAGCACCCAUUAGUGUACCUCUGACCACUUCUUCUGAACCAUCACAAUACAGAGUUGUCAAACCUCAGACUACUUUGUCAGAACCCCUACGCAGUAGAGAUUUGCAAGAAAAUAAGAUAAGGAUCCCGAAGCUUCCAGAAAACAGAUUUAGUAUAAUUGAUAGAGCACCUCUUCUUGAGGCUGAUAGGCAGAAUGUAUUGUGUAGUAGCGGCCUAUCUCUUUCUCCCAACCCACCACCUAAGGAAAGAUCAAGACCCACGAUGACUCCUGUUUAUGACGCUGAGUCAAAGAUUCGAGAUAGAGAAAGAGCUGAAGAACUACUUCGAGCACCUUUGGACUUCAGAAUAGAUAAACCUUUGUCUCCGACCAACACUAGCAGUAAAGUAAAUGGCAGAGCUCCAUCACCGCCCAUACCUGCUCUUCGUACUAGAGAUAUUAUAAAUAACAACACUAAAGUUUUAGAACAAAAAUGGAAGGUCCCAGGACUAGGAAAAGAGUUAAAUAGAACCCAGGCGAAUAGUGACAAUAUCCUCACUCAGCUUGGAGCAUUUAGACGCCAGCUUCAACAAGAGCACAUGAAACUUGAAGCUAGGUUGCAGAAUCAAGCAUCUACUUGA